AGAAAUCCCCAUAGUAAUACAACUUUUAGCAGAUCAAGGAGUUAAGACAGAUGUUCCCGACGAAGCCAUUACUUACGUUACACCUAAAAUAGCAGUUAAUCAUGAGAAGCUGUUGUUCAUCCUUAAGGUCCCUGAGUUGCAAAAGGAUGAAUCAAAAAUAAUUGAAAUCUUUGCGCUCAAUCACAAUAAUUCCACAAUUAAACGAUAUCCGCGGAACCUUCUGCAAUACAAACAGAAACUAUACACAACAACAAAACCAGAAGAAUACGUGCAAAAAUACGCCUAUGCUUUGGAAUUUAAAGACGAAUGUAUUUUUCCUAUGGUAAUGAGGAGAAAAAAUUGAAAGAAAAAAAAAACGGAGAAAGUAAUUGUAUAGUAACUCCGCAAUACGCAAACACGUCCAUGCUAAUAACAGAUAAUCUCCUGUUGAUUGAGAACGCAGACAGACAGCUCAUCAAAUCCGAUUGCGGCCUUGACCUGAAUGAUAGGAUAGUGACAGGAAAUUUCUUACUCGCGUUUUCAAAUUGUACAAUACAAUUCCAAGAUAAGAAAUUUACAUCAAAGGAAAUUCAUGUAAAAAAUCCUUCAGUAUCUGGAACAACGUUCAACAUCGCAAUCCAUCGGAAAGUUGUAGAAACACCUUUGACGUCCCUAGACAAUAGAACAUUGACAAAUCGCAAACACAUCGAACACAUCUACUUGGAACAGUACAAAAACUCACCUCGUCUCUGCUAUUUUAUCCCAAGUCCGGAAAAGGAAAAACCGCAUUCGGAAUGAGUCCCAUAGCCAUCGUAGUGCAGAUGAUACCAUGGGAAGUUCGAAUGCGUCAGGGCACGCUUUUUCACCCCCCGGAGGAGUUACGCACAAUAAGACACCGUCAAGUCGCCACGCGCGCACUUUCCGACGCGCAUGUCAACAGCGAGCUGGCAACCGGACCCGACACGUGGACACGCGCUUCCGCUCCACGACAGCCGCAACCAGCGAACCAGCCAGGUCAGCGGAACGCCAAAGCGGGUCAUUUGCAAAUAUUCCAGCCGAUGUUAGUCAGUUACGAUUCAGAGAUCAGGGAAUAAAGUAAGUUUUUUGUAAAAAGUACUCCCACUGUGUCGUUUCUAUAACUAUAUUUCCAUACUCCAAAACAGAUCGUAUUGUGGUUUUGUAUAAACGUAACACAUCUAUUGGAUGUGCACCCCACCAGAAUCCAGUAACAGUUCUUAAGGUGUAUUU